UAACGAGGUCAAGUGUCAGUGCAUCUUAAAAUGCCUGUUUUGCUUUACUUCUGAAAAGCGUGUGGGAGGGAUGUGGAGUGAGGUGGAGGAAGCAAUGCGAAUGCUGUCCCAUAAGGUGGUGGGCCCGGUGCGGGAGGAGCGGGUCCGGAGGUUGCCAGCAGCGGGUCUGAUGCGGCCGAUGUAGCGCUGGCGAUUAGUCACGACGGGGCUUUAAAAAGCAUUGCCUGUCGUUCUGCGUCUGACGAGGCUGUCGAGAUGCUGGAGAGCACUGGAUUCUACCUUUUGAAUCCUGUUGUGUUACACUUGGCGUUCAAGUGUUCCUGUUGCAGAGUGAAUAAUUAUUGUCACUUCAUUGUUUGGAGUGAGAGAACGGUGUGAAAAAUGUGGAGCUUCCCCCGUCUCCUGAUAGAUGGCAAAGUAGUGAGCAACAAUUGUUUGUCUGCUCUUAACAAAGCGCACUACCUUGAAAUGCAGCUUUUAAUUACAUAGAUGUGUUGUGGCACAAUCUUAAUCAGUCCUUUUCUUCUUAGUGCCCAUUCAAAAACACAGCCAACUCUUUAUUAUGCGGCACAAGAAUGCAAAAUGGUUAAAAAUACCGUGACCAAAAGUGGAAAACGCCCACUCCAGCUCGUGUGAUGUAGAAUUAGCAUUUCUUGGCCGUAAUUGUGCAUGGUUAUGCAUUAACGCUCGCCGCUUCGACACGCUCCCUCUCAGUAGGCGUGCGUCGAGCCCGGGAGGCGCGCUGGAGUGGCCGACAAAAGGAUUAACCGGAGCGCGCGCUACAAAGGCAGCGCCAAGGACCAUCGUACCUGUAGAGCACUUCCAAACGACGGCUGGACUACUCUGUGGUGGUUCCUGCUCCCCAGAAUCAAAGGGAACGUGAAAGGCUGCAGAGCUCCAGCAAAGCAAAGGAGCCGUGGCAGCGGCACAGAGCUGCUCCUCUGAGGUGAGCCGUCGUCCUUGAUCUCUUCAUCUUCAGUAGCUCCUCUCGGCAGCGCUGCUCCCGUCCGCCUGCUCCGCUCCCCUCUCUCGCUGUGCCCUCCUCCAGUGGCUGUCAUCACUGUGACAUGCUGCUUCUAAACCCUCUGUCAGCCACUGAAUGGCUCAUUCUGGCACCUAGCUGUGGAUCAGGCAGGGAAACGCUGGUGGAAAUGGAGAGAUGAGUGAGGCAGUGGCGGCGGAAGUGAGCCCAGGGCACCUGGACAUAUUCCUGCCAGAAGACGAUGGGCAUCUUGUCUUGUGGGGAACACUGACACGGACUUCGACAAGGAGGAAGUUGAAUGGCUCCUUAACUACGACGACGGUGGCUUGGAGUGAAAGUUGUGCCUGGGGAGGAUCCAGACCUGUCGCGCCGAUCGCUGCGUGAACCCACAGGAGCUGGUGUUUUGAUCCCCGGGAGCCAUGGCUGACUCUCACCUCUCCGGCCCGGCGGGGAGCCCCAACGGCAGCUCUCCCGCCUCCGGCGUGUGGAACGUGACGGGCAGCGGCCCGUGGCUGCUGGCCUUCAUGCUGACCGUCAUCAUCCUCAUGACCGUGUGCGGCAACAUGCUGCUCAUCGCGCUGGUGUUCGCCCACCGCUCGCUGCGCUGCACCUCCAACUGCUUCCUGGUGUCCCUGUUCCUGUCGGAUCUCAUGGUGGCGCUGGUGGUGAUGCCGCCGGCCAUGCUCAACGUGCUGUGCGGGGCCUGGGUGCUGUGGCCCGCCUUCUGUCCUAUUUGGCUGUGCUUCGACGUGAUGUGCUGCAGCGCGUCCAUCCUCAACCUGUGCGUGAUCAGCCUGGACCGCUACCUCUUCAUCAUCUCGCCGCUGCGCUACAAGCAGAGGAUGACGCCGCCGCGGGCGCUGCUGCUGGUGGGAGCCGCCUGGGGACUGGCGGCGCUGGCCUCGUUCCUGCCCAUCGAGAUGAGGUGGCACAGCCUGGGCCACGGGGGCGGGCGUUCACCGGGCCCUGGGCUCAGCAGCAACGUCAGCUCCUACUCUGAAAGCUUGUACCCGGAGUCCUACUUCCAGCUGUCGCCAUCGGGGGGUCUUUCCUUCCAGUGCCGCCUCCAGGUCACGCUGCCCUUCGCCCUGGUGGCGUCCGUGCUCACCUUCUUUUUGCCGUCCGGCGCCAUCUGCUUCACCUACUGCCGCAUCCUCCUGGCUGCGCGCAGGCAGGCCAAGAGGGUUGCGGCGCUGAGCCACCCCCCGCACCCGCACCCCUCGCUCGGGGAGCCCUCCCGGCCUCCUUCGCCACGGGUGGGAGCGCCCCAGUUCCAGCAGGACAGGGACGUCUGCAGGUACCAGGACCCUCCCGUGUCCCAAAACGCGCCGCCGUCGGUGAACAGUGAGCGGCAUCUGGCUCACAGGCAGGGCCGGAGGGCGCUGAAGGCCAGUCUGACCCUGGGAGUCCUCCUGGGACUCUUCUUCAGUGCCUGGCUGCCGUUUUUCAUCACCAACAUGGCUCAGGCGGUGUGUGAGUGUGUGCCUCUUGCCCUGUUCGACGCCAUCACUUGGCUGGGCUACUGUAACAGCACCAUGAACCCGAUCAUCUAUCCGCUGUUCAUGCGCGACUUCAAGCGGGCUUUGGGGAAACUUGUGCCCUGCUGCUCGUCGCAGUCGCACAGAAGGCCUUCGCCGGUGCUCUCCCUCUCGCUGCGGAACUCAGGGGAGCCCAACGUUGCCAGCAGCCCAGCCUCCCCCCUGGCCUCCGACCCGACUCACCCCCCCGCCACCGCCACAGACGCCGUCAACCUAAUGGAUGCGGAGCACGCUGGGAUGGAGCUGCCACUCUUUCUGCCCAAUCAGGUCGAGACCCUGGAUUAAACAGUAGUUGCAAAAUCAAGUCACCUAAUGCUGAGCCAAGGCUGGUGAUGUAAGAGUGAUUCAGGUAUUGAAACUCAUGCAGUAAUGAUGAUUCACUCACACCUAAAACCUCAAGGUCUAAGUGAAAAAAUAUCAUUUUAAAAAUUUUUAUUUAAAAUGUUUAUGGACACUAAUGCAGUCAUCUAAACUUGUUCUAUCUAUAAUCGUGAGCUUAUUAUGCUACAUUCUCAGAAACUGAUGUAUGCACAUGGCUAAAAAAAAAACACGAAGGUUACGGCUCUUUCCAGUUAGCAGAGCCAGUAUAUAAUGGGAGCAAUGUCAACUCUCCAUUAUGCAGAGCUUCACAGAUGGAACAGAGAAAAGCAAGGCCUUGAAGAAGACGCAUUCACUGAUUUGCCCCCAGUCCUAUGGAAAUUAAAUUACCUUGAUAGCAUCCAUAGCAACCAAGCCAACAGGAGGACAAUGAGGACACAGGAAACGUGGAUUCUGCCUAUUUGUAGCGUCCAUUAAAACCAGAAAAACGAGAAAUAUUUCAAGCCAUGUGGUCAACUCACAAGCUUAGACAAUAAAUUACUAUUCAUUGUUUAAUCACUAUCCAUCUGUUUCAUCACUAUCAUCUACUAAACUAUUUACAUUUUGUUAGAAAGAUGUAUUUAAUUCAAACCCUGAUUCAUUACAUAAUUACUACGAUGACAUAAAAACUUCAUUUAGUGUCUAAACCAGUGAAAUCCGAGGCUUUCACUGUUACAAGCAGCCAUAUGUGUCCAUUGUCUCUUGAGCAGUCUCUGGCAUGUCAGGCUUUGAGAAUGGAUCUAAUCUUCUCUUCCAAAAACUGUGAGUUUACAAGGAAGCAGCUGGUCCUGUAACAUGCUCUUUACAAGUCUGCUUGUUUUAUUCGUGUGUGUUCUGCUUUCCAGUGUGUAUCAUCCCAGCUCCAUGAUAUGUGUUCGCUGUCUUCUUCAGCCUCCUCCGCAGCAUUGCAUACUGUGUCAUUAUUAGUGGCGUGCUCCUCAGAAGUAGGUGGUGAAUUGUUCCGCUCCGUGAUUUGGUCCUCAGAUUCUGUAUCAUUCAAAGAGUCUAGCAGGUCUGAAAUAUCAGGGAUGUCCCAGCCAUCACAUGUUUCCUCUGUCACAGUUAUGUUUCCACUUUCUUCUGUGCACGUCUGCUUUAUAGCCGAGUUCUGUGUCUCUGGCACCUGUUGCUCGCUGGGGCUUUGGUCAGAUUCAUCCAUUGUUAUGUUUGUAACAGUAACAGGCUGUGGAAGAGCAAAAAUGGCUCCUGGCACUUCCUUGGUAGGAACGCCUACUGCCACCAAGAUGGUGUCCAUCUGACGCAUGUAGUCCAAGUGACCUUUCACCUGGGAAGCAGACACAUAGCUUUAACUGUCUGUCUGAAAAUGGGACAUACUGUACGUAAAUGUCAAGUAUUUUGUGAAAGGUAUUUUCUAGACAGCAACUUUUACAAUAAUAUUUAUCAAUGCUUUGAUAAAUUAUCUUUUGUCAAGUGUGUUGAAUGUGAAGUGUUAAGUGUUACUGUACUGUACAUAAAAUCAUGUUUUUUAAAUUGUGGAAGAAGAGCACAGCUUUGAACAGACCAACAGAGGCCUUAAUUUAAAUUUGAUUAUUUUUCCUUAUCAUUAAAUGUUGUUUGAACAACCAUCUCUAUUAUAGUAUUAAUAAAAUUGUGUAUUUAAUAA